UCGCGCGGCUGGCGGCUGGCUCGCUCCCCGGUCGCGGCCCGUGGGGACGUUCGCAGGCGAGCGCACCUCCCCGCGCGGAAGAGCCCUGGGCUGGGAGGCCCCGAGUGAGCGUCGAUUGGUUGACGUGGUGCCUGCGCGUCGGGCCUGAGAAAGUCUGGGCGAGCGCGCAGAGUCGGCUCCUGGGGCGGUGCGGGACGCAUCUCAGCUUCAAAUCUUGGCGCAGAAACCAGAGACAUUGCCAGAGCAAACAGGAACGGGAGUACAAAUGGACGACUGGUCAAAAGACGUAACCCAUGGUUAUCUUGAACAAGAGACCACGGGGAGAAAUAAAAGUACACAGCUAGAUGAGCAACUGCCUGUGAAUUCUAAGGGAAGCAUGCAUCAGAAAUCCAAUGAAUUAGUUAAUGAAGCUACUUAUGAGGGCAUAGAAUUGCCAGAGCAGAGAUCAAGGAAUUUUCAAGUCAUCAGUCCUCAUCUAGGUGAUGAGACAGCUUACUGCACUACAGAAAAGUCCAACAUUAUGGAACAUAGAAAUAAUGAUUUACAUUACAAAUGUAUGAUUCCUUGUCAAGUUACUUCAGACUUAAAUGAAGAGGAGACAAUAGCAUUGCUUCUCAAAGAAUUGGACAUUCUCAAAGCAAGCAAUAAAAAGCUUCAAGAAAAACUGACUAAAGAAGAUAAAGAACAGAGAAAACUAAAGCUUAAACUGGAACUCCAAGAAAAAGCAACAGAAGCUCAAAUUGCUGAAAAAACAGCAGCUCUGGUUGAAGAGGUGUAUUUUGCACAGAGAGAACGUGAUGAAGCUAUUAUGUCUCGACUGCAGUUAGCCAAUGAGGAGAGAGAUGAAGCAAUUGCACGAGCCAAGCAUAUGGAAAUGUCUCUAAAACCGCUAGAAAAUAUUAACCCUGAAGAAAAUGACAUGACAUUACAGGAAUUACUGAACAGAAUAAACAAUGCAGACACAGGGAUAGCUAUUCAGAAGAAUGGAGCUAUAAUUGUGGAUAGAAUCUACAAGACCAAGGAAUGUAAAAAGAGAAUAACUGCAGAAGAAAUGAAUGCAGUGAUUGAAGAACGGGAUGCUGCUUUGUCUCAGUGCAAACGGCUAGAGCAGGAGCUUCAUCAUCUGAAAGAGCAGAACCAGACUUCAGCAAACAACGUGAGACAUCUGACUGCUGAAAACAAUCAAGAACGUGCUCUGAAGGCAAAGUUGUUAGCUAUGCAACAAGCCAGAGAAACUGCAGUUCAACAAUACAAAAAACUGGAAGAAGAAAUCCAGACACUUCGAGUUUACUACAGUUUACACAAAUCUUUAUCCCAAGAAGAAAAUCUGAAGGAUCAGUUUAACCAUACCCUUAGUACCUAUGAAGAAGCUUUAAAAAAUAGAGAGAACAUUGUUUCCAUCACUCAACAACAAAAUGACGAACUAGCUACCCAACUGCAGCAAGCUCUGACAGAUCGAGCAAACAUGGAAUUAGAGCUUCAGCACACCAUAGAGGCCUCCCGAGCAGCCAAUGACAAAGUUCAGAAGUUGGAAAGGCUGGUGGACGUCCUGAGGAAGAAGGUUGGAACAGGGACCAUGAGGACAGUGAUCUGACUGAGAAAAAAACGACAGUCUGGGGAAGCAAUCACAUCUGGUGACCAGGCUGCUUCAUUCAACACUGUGUAAACACUAAAGCCUUAACUUAGCAAACAGUUGUUAGAAGUGGGACACUCCAACCACAUUCCAAGCUGAGAUAAAAUCAAAUCACAAAUGUUUAACCACUUUGCUGCUGACUUGAGUUAUUUAUCCAAAUGUAUUAACUACAGACUUUUACCAAUGGGUAGCUAUAAAGUUGCAGCUUAUUUUGUAACUAUUUUAUAUCUCACUGUAUUUAAUAUAAAGAUUUUUGCUGAAAGACCAUUAUAGAAACAUAGUAAAGUUGGUCAGGAUCAUAUCUUCACAUAUGGCCCUUUCUGAAUCAAAAUACAGCAAAGUAAAUAUUGCCUAAACCUUAAUCCACUGUGUUAGGUCAAAACUUCAAAUACAUACAUUUUUCAAUGUAGAGUUUAUUUCUUAACCAAUGAGAGA